UUUGUCUGCUUGCCGUGAAAAUCUCCGGGACCGCCGGCUGGAGCCAAACACGGGACGCCUCACCCCACUCCACGCUCAUGAGGACCCCCGGAGCCGCGGAGGAGACGCGGAGCGGGCUUCUGUGGAGUCAGGUGCCGCUGGAUGAGAGGGUCUGACUAGGCAUUAUUUUCUACCCGGCGACAGAGGCAGAAGCAGCGGCGCAUCCUUCUCCCCUCCCUUCCCUGCUCCUCCGCUGCCCUCCACGGCCGCCGCAGUCCACCAGCCAUGGCCCUGGUGACUCUGCAGCGAUCUCCCACCCCCAGUGCGGCAUCCUCGGCCAGCAGCAGCGCGGGGGAGGAUUUCGGAAGUGAUGACGACAGGAAAAAUAAUCAGAGCAUCAGUGAAAGCUUCUUCAUGGUCAAAGGAGCUGCCCUCUUUCUCCAGCAGGGCGGCAACACACAGGGGCCAAAGACUCCGACGCACCACAAACAUGCAGGUGAUUUACCUCAACAUCUGCAGGUGAUGUUCAAGAUCCUGCGGUCUGAAGAUCGCAUCAAGCUGGCUGUGCGUUUGGAAAGCGGAUGGUCAGAGCGUGUGCGUUACAUGGUUGUUAUCUACACUAAUGGCCAUCAAGACACGGAAGAAAACAUUGUUUUGGGAAUGGAUUUUCCAGACAAGGACAGUAAAAACUGCUCCAUUGGGAUGGUCCUGCCUCUGUGGAGUGACACUAACAUUCAUCUGGACGGAGACGGAGGCUUCAGCGUGAACACAGCAGGCCGGUCACAUGUCUUCAAACCUGUUUCUGUGCAGGCUAUGUGGUCUGCCCUGCAGGUCCUCCAUAAGGCAUGCGAGGUGUCCCGCCGGCUCAACUACUUCCCAGGAGGCAUUGCUCUUACGUGGAUGGCGUUCUAUGAGAGCUGCAUCACCUCAGAGCAAAGCUUCAUCAACGAGUGGAACGCAAUGACUGACCUGGAGACCACCCGGUCCGAUUCCCCCAACAUGUUCGUCGAUGGACCCACAGAGCGAGAAAGAACAGAGUGUCUUAUCAAGUCCAAACUUCGCAACAUCAUGAUGUUUCAAGACUUGGAGAACAUCACGUCAAAGGAGAUCCGUAAUGAGUUGGAGCAGCACAUGAGCUGCAACCUCAAAGAGUACAAGGAGUUCAUCGACAACGAGAUGCUCCUGAUCCUGGGUCAGAUGGAUAAAGCCACACUCAUCUUUGACCACGUUUAUUUGGGUUCUGAGUGGAACGCCUCCAACCUUGAAGAACUACAAAACUGCGGAGUCGGUUACAUUCUGAAUGUCACCAGAGAGAUUGACAACUUCUUCCCGGGGAUGUUUUCCUAUCACAACGUCCGCGUGUACGACGAGGACGCCACUGACCUGCUGGCCCACUGGAACGACACCUACAACUUUAUUGUCAAAGCCAAGAAGAAUAACUCAAAGUGCCUGGUGCACUGUAAGAUGGGUGUGAGCCGCUCUGCCUCCACAGUUAUCGCCUACGCCAUGAAGGAAUACGGCUGGUCUCUGGAGAAAGCGUACAACUACAUCAAGCAGAAGAGGAGCAUAGCUCAGCCAAAUGCUGGUUUCAUGCGGCAGCUGGCGGAGUAUGAGGGAAUCCUCGAUGCCAGUAAGCAACGUCACAACAAGCUGUGGCGGCCUGACACAGACGAGGAAGGUUCAGACGAUCUGCAAGCUUCAGGUCACAGUACAGGUGGAGAGGAGACGCCGGUGCUCAGAGGGGAAGAGGCCUGGGGAGGCUGCGGGGCGUCACCAUGCAGGGGUCUGGAGAUGGAACCCUUAGACUCUCUCAACUAUAACUAUUACUUCAGACGUUUAUCAGACUCUGCACUCGACAGCGAGCCGUCCACACCGGUGCGGGGACCUCCUCUGUUAGGCAUGGAAAGAGUUUUUAUCGAAAUAGAGGAUGUGGAGAGAGAUGCCCUGCUGGAGGACGAGGGAUUCCCCAUGGCCCACCUAACUCUGCCCGGCGAGGGCACCGCCGCUCAGACAUGCAGCCGCCUCGACCCAAUGGAGGACAUGAGACUGAGGCUGGAAUUCAGCACGCUGGAGGAAGAGGACGAGGAAGAGGCCAAGAAGGAGGAAGAAGAGAUGGCGGCCUUGGCUCAGACACCCGGGAGUUCGGGUGGGAGGAAGACGGGAGAGGAGGCUGAGGGGAACGAGGAGAGCCAGCUGGGUUUAGCCAACCUGAACACCAACAACAGCAACCGCCUGGCUGCCAAGCGUAGCUGUCCUGCAGCUUUUGAUGACAGUGCCAGCGCAGGAAACCCAUUGAAAGUGAAGCCUUCCUAUCAGUCCUGUAAAGACUGCAUGCGUCUACCACAAGGGCGGCGAUGCGACCGUCCAGCAGGAGGCCGUUCACACCGCCUUAACCCCUCCCGCCACUGCACCGUACCCUCCAUAUGCAUAGAUCCUCCGGGGACGCACUUUACAUCAACCCCGGUUCUGUCAACCCCGACGGUCAUUCCGUCUAACUUGGUCCAGCCCUGCACUAACUUCUACCAAUGUUCCAGCUGCACCAUUGGUUGCACAUCCACUCCUGAAGCCAGCCAUCAAAAACUUUUCUCACCCAUGAACUGUGAGGAAACGCCUCCGGACGGCAGCUCGGUGGAGACAGAGGACAUGGAGGAGCCGCAGAACGAGGUCACGAGGCCGAGCAACGAGGCCAUCGAUGUGACUGAAGCCGAUGGGCUCAAAUUUGGUGCUGAGAUUGCAAGCUUCCAAUUUUGUGGCAUCUAGUGGUAAAGGUGCAAAUUGCAACUUCCUGAAGGUAAGCUUCAUCUUACCUUCUUUGUGCCACAUAUUUUCACAUAUUUCCCUCGAUAUAUUAGUUUAACUCACAGGUGUCAAACUCCAGUCCUCAAGGGCUGGUGUCCUGCAACUCUUAGAUGUGCCACAGGUACAAAAAAAUGCUGUAACGAAAUGGCUUAAUUACCUCUUCCUUGUGUAGAUCAGUUCUCUAGAGCCUUGCUAAUGACCUAAUUAUUCUGUUCAGGUGUGGUGCAGCAGAGUCACAUCUAAAAGUUGCAGGACACCUUGAGGACUGGAGUUUGACACCCCUGCUAUAACUGGACUACGCUGGGAUGUUUUAAAUCUAGACAACCAUGUCAUCCAUUGUAAUAGUAAUUCCGAUUUUCUUGUUUUGCAUUUAUCGUGUGAUAUGUUUCCAAGAUUGUUUAUAUUUCUUUUUAAAAAAUGCCUCUGAGAGUUUAUUUAUAAAAUUCAGGUGGUACAUAUAAUAAGUGUCUAUCACUCAGAAGUAUGAAGUCUAUGCUGCAUCCGGUGCUAUUAUUUUUAUGAUUUUUACUAUUGUUUUUGUUUAAUUAGGAUACCAUUGUUGUUUUUAUGUUAAUUGUGAAUAUCUCAAUGUUCUGGGGGUUUUUUUAGACUUCUGUGAGCUUUCGGUGACUAUUUGGGUAUGGUUGUACUUUUUCGGGUGUGGUGGUUUCUUGCUAAACAUUUUCUGGUGUUUAAAAAAAGGUCCGUCUGCCACAGGACAAUUCGUACUCAUUCUGACGACCGAUGAAAAUUGCAGCAUAAAAGAUAUUUUAUGCUUCAAUGAGAUGGGAUCACAUGACUCCAAUCAACAAUGACCUUCAGCAGAAGUUAUUCUGGUUCAUUUGGGGGUCAUAAUCUAAAGGUGCUGACCGUCCAAAAAUUGAGAUUAGAAUCACAAUUGUUUGAAACAGAGUAGGAGUACAGUACAUAUUUUAUUGUUAAAACUGAAUUAUGUGAACUCUGAGCUUUCCAUAAUUCAUGAAAAAUAGUUCAAUAAGCUGAUAUGCAAUGCUUCAGGUGCAAGAAGGUAUGAAAUGGUGAUGUAUGGGUAAAAAAGGAGUAUUUAUUAUCAAGAAUUAGAAUUGUUCAGGAGCCUAGAUUUCAAAUGUCCACUAUGCCACCAUCUAGAAAAUGCUCAAUUUCAUUUUUAGUUUUUGAUACCUGGUGCUCUGUCCGCAUCAGUCUCCUUCUUCAUAAGUUAUUGAUUUACUUAGACUCUUAACAGCUGCUUUACUUGAUUCUCAUCGUACUCUCUGUCUGUCUUCAAACUUCAGCACCAUAUUUGUUUUGCUUUUCGCCUCACGUUUAAAUAUCCUUUUGUAUUGAAGUGCCUUAUCUGUGGCCACAGCUCUGUUGUAAAGCACUGCAGCAAUUGCGGAUGGGUUUUCAGAAAAAUGUGUUUAACUUUUAAUUUAUCUUCACCUUUUGAAAGUUUAUGCUUCUUGCAGCAUUUAACUCAGCACAUGAAUAUUGUAUGCAAACAAAUAUGCUCAUACAUGCCAACUUCUCCCUCAUAACUCAUGUACUUAAUGGACUUCCAUCUAUUAUUAGCCUGUAAUGAUACUGUAUUUGUUAUCGUAAAGCUUGCCGUAUGCUGCAUCGGUUCAGUAGCUGGCUGAAGAACAUUUAUUUGCUGGAAAAAGAGAAAUCAUUUGCAUCAAAUUGUUACAAAUUAAGAGUUUGUCUUUGAGAUGCUGCAGUCUGGACAAGUCUUUCUUCUACAGUACAUCAGCUUAACAACAACAUUAAGAAAAAAAUACCAAUAGUGUUAUUGUGUAUCAAGAAGCACUUGUGAAUUAUUGUGUUUUUAGCACAGCAAAAAAUGAUUUGCAAUCAUUGUAACUUUGGAAAAUAUUUUCCAGUUGUGAAUUAGUUUUUUUUUAAUUUUUAUUUAUUUAUUUUUCAGUUCAAAUAGUGCCAAAUACAGGACUCGAAAAGGACAAUCCCAGUUAUGAGCCUGACAUAACCGUGAGGGCGGUGAGCUGUAUUGUAGUUUAAAAGGGGGGAUUGUAUUUAGAGCACAAGUAUUUCCCAAAGCAUGUGAGGUUGAGAUGAGUGGUAAAUGUAGAAAAAACACGUGGAGAGCAAGCUGAUUUAAUGUUCACGUUUUGUUUUCUGGUUAUCUGUGUACUGUAUUAGUGUUCAGGUGUACGCAAUUUUUUUUUUUUUUUUUUACAUUUUGUUACACUGUGUCCAGUCUGUUGUA